AUGCGACUUGUUCGGGUGGCGACUUGUAACCUGAACCAGUGGUCACUGGAUUUUGCUGGUAACCUGGAGCGAAUAUGCUGCUCGAUUGCUCGGGCCAGAGAGGCUGGAGCACGCUACCGUCUCGGUCCAGAACUAGAAGUCAGUGGCUACGGGUGCGAGGAUCACUUUCUGGAGCCGGACACUUUCGUCCAUAGCUGGGAGGUUAUUGCGGAGAUCAUCGCGAGAGGCUACACAGAUGACAUCCUGGUCGACCUGGGUGCACCUGUUCUCCACCGACACGUAGCCUACAACUGUCGUGUGCUGCUCCUGAACCGCAGGAUCCUUCUGAUUCGACCCAAGCUCGCUCUAGCAGACGACGGGAACUAUCGAGAGUCUCGCUGGUUUACAGCAUGGCCGGCCAAUGGUAGACGAGCACUUGAAAAGUACCCGCUCCCAGACUGUGUUCGUCAAGUCGCAGCUGGUGCGCAAGCGGAAACGCUCUUCGGCGAAGCGUUGCUCGAUAUCGGCGGCGUGGUUGUCGCCAGCGAGACCUGUGAAGAGCUCUUCACCCCGGACGCUCCUCAUAUACGCUACAGCCUCAAUGGCUGUGAUAUCAUCGGUAAUGGGAGUGGGUCGCAUCACAACCUGCGGAAACUAAACCAACGUAUCGAUCUGUUGCGAAGUGCAACGGCUAAAGGCGGCGGUGCCUACCUCUACGCCAACCAGCAGGGUUGCGAUGGUGGACGGCUCUACUACGAUGGAUGUGCACUUAUAUGUAUCAACGGUGAGAUUGUUGCCCAAGCGUCACAGUUCUCAAUCGCUGAUGAAGUUGAAGUGAUUACCGCAACCAUCGAUCUCGACGAGAUCACUGCGUACCGCAUCGCGAUCGCCAGCCGUGGCGUUCAGGCAGCGUCGACGGCGCCCGUGCCGCGCAUCGAUGCUGCAGGCCGUAGCGUAUCGUUGCGGCAUGAGGAUAUCGCUGGACGGAUCGAUGGGAUGCCAACGGGAUGCGCAUUCAGUCCAGCAUUCAUUGGCGACGCUUCGCAACGAGCUGUUCCGGCUUCUGUUGACCCAUCGGAGAGGUCGUUCCGGCUUGUUCUCUCUGACGGUGAGCAGCUGCAGUACAUGCCGAGUCAACCAGUGCCGGUACGGUUGCUCUCUGCCGAGGAGGAGAUCGCGUAUGGACCGGCGUGUUGGCUUUGGGACUAUUUGCGGAGAAGUGGCGCGAGCGGUUUCUUUCUCCCGUUGAGUGGCGGUGCAGAUAGCUCAGCGACGGCAACGAUUGUGGCGUCCAUGUGUCGCCUGGUAGCAGUCGAGGCCCAACAGCGGAAUGAUCACGUCAUCAGGGAGGCGCGUCGCAUUCUCGGAUUAGGUACGGAUGCUGAAUUGACGGAGAACGCAGCAGAUGCGUACAUUCCUCGGGACGCUCAUGAGUUUGCGUCUCGAAUUCUCCAUACAGCUUACAUGCGGAGCGAGAACUCGAGCCGAGCCACACGGGAACGCGCAGCUCAACUGGCGAAAGAAAUUGGAGCAUAUCAUCUGGAUUUGCCGAUCGAUGCGGUCGUUGCUGCAGUGCUCAGCGUCUUUACGCUGGUUGCGGGUGAGAGACCGCGUUUUCGAGUCCAAGGCGGGAGCGCGGUAGAAAAUGCUGCACUCCAGAAUAUUCAGGCGCGGAUACGAAUGGUGCUAAGCUAUCUCUUUGCUCAGCUGCUGCCGUGGGCUCGCGGCCAUGGCCAGCGAACGCUGCUGGUGCUCGGAUCCGCCAACGUCGACGAGGCCCUGCGUGGAUAUCUCACCAAGUACGAUGCCAGUUCUGCGGAUAUCAAUCCUAUUGGAGGCAUCUCCAAGCACGACCUACGUCGUUUCCUCCUCUGGGCGGUGCACGAGCUGGGUUUCGAGACCCUCCAGCAGGUCGUGGAGGCGCCGCCAACCGCCGAACUCGAACCCAUCACUGGCGAAUAUGUCCAGACGGAUGAGGCCGAUAUGGGCAUGACCUAUGCGGAACUCACCGUAUACGGGCGUUUGCGGAAAAUUGGGCGCUGUGGACCCGUCUCCAUGUACGAAAGGCUAAGUCGUUUGUGGAAGGCGCAUUUAUCGCCGUCGCAAGUUGCGGAGAAGGUGAAGUUCUUCUUUCGAAUGUAUUCAGUGAAUCGCCAUAAGAUGACGGUGCUUACGCCAAGUGUACACUGUGAGAAUUACAGCCCCGAAGACAAUCGCUUUGACCUGCGGCCUUUUCUAUAUAAUAUUCGCUGGCCGUGGCAGUUUCGGCAGAUUGAUGCGUUGACGUCAAAGGUAGCAACAGCUGCCUCUGAGCGUGAUGCACUCCCUUCUGAGCGUGACUGUCAUGCGAAUCUCGCACAGAUUGCAGGCGCUUCACCAUGA